AUGCGGGAAGCGAUUACUACCCAGGAAAGGGUAUUAAUCGCGUUGCGUUAUAUGGCAACCGGCGAAACGUUUACAGGCCUGCAGUAUAUGUUUCGUGUGUCUCGUCCAUGCAUUGCCCAAAUAGUAAUGGAAGUGUGUAAAUGCAUUCGAGAGGCUCUACGUGACUAUGUUAAGACGCCGUGUUCGCGACAUGAAUGGCUCGAUAUUUCUGAGCAAUUUGAACGACGCUGGAACUUUCCACAUGCAAUUGGUGCCAUCGACGGCAAACAUGUCCGUAUUCGAAAACCCAAUCACGGCGGCUCUGAAUAUUUUAAUUACAAGGGUUUUAAUAGCAUUGUGUUAAUGGUUGUAGUUGAUGCUAACUACAAUUUCCUGUGUUCUGAUGCUGGAGGCAAAGGAGGCAUUUCUGACGGUGGAAUUUUUAAAAACACUCGAUUAUAUCAAAAAUUCGAGAACAAACAGUUGAAUAUUCCGGAGCCGAAGCCAUUGCGUGUGCUCGGUUCUGGAUAUACCAAACCCCAAUUCAAUUUCAAUCAGAAAAAGCUACUGAAGUUGUACUAA